UUUACUCAAAUUAUUCUGAUGCAGAAAACAUGGUCAGAUGAAGUGGCAGAUUGGGAAGCAUGCAGUUCUGAUGAGACGACAUGUCCAAAUGUUUAUGCAUCUGAAGGUGUUAAGGAUGCUUGUCAAUACGCAUAUAAAGACGCCCCUGAAGAUGCUACACUAGAAGAUGAUUACUUUCUAUCAUGUUUGCCUAUCAUCAGUUUGCGAUUAGCUCAAGGAGGAGUUCGAUUGGCGGCAACCCUCAAUCGUAUUUUUCAGUGAUGCAAUGCAACAACAUUUUCUAUUGUAAUCUUUUGAAUGCAUGGUUUUAUAGCUUAAUAGAACUGGAAGUUUGACGACACUUUGAUGGGCUUUAUGUAGUUGGUUUGUGUGUUUUGCAACAUCACUUUGUUUGCUAUUAUGCUUGAAGUUAAAGCUUAUUCAUGCGAAGGUGUAACUGAAUUUGCUUUGUCAGAGGUCUUGAAUAUAUAGCUUAUAUUAU